CCGUAAAUGCUGCAUGCUGUAUGUGAAUAUGUAAUAUGAAUAUAUAAAUAAUAAUGGCUCUACAGUUAGACCGUCUCAGAGGUCACUCUUCGCACUUGUUUGUAGAGGUCGACCUGUGUGCCUGUUGCCCUAGUGAAUUCUAUCUCUGCCCCAUUUUCUGGACCUGUGUCCAUGAAGCGUAACUCGCUCAAAAAGGAAUGGAGAUGUUGGGCGACAAAUAGAAAAAAUGCAUUGCAUGCUUUUGCCACGCACACACGCUCACACACUCCCACAUUUUCUCAUCCCCAACCCCCCCAUACCUUCAAAGUAAGCCUCUAGCUACCCUUUAUACCCCUGGAUCACCAUACCCCAGAGACUAUGAUGAACGCUGGAAACUACAGUGCAGGUGUACUGCUGUGUGUGCAUUAUUUCUCUAACAUGUUAGGCACCUGUAUUUUUGAUUGCUUUGUUUUGUGAACUCCAGGACCCCCCUGUUUACAGGAUGCCCCAUCCAACUUGCCGGUAAAAUUAAUACAUUUUUGCAUAACAGAUUUAUGAAACAAGGUUUAUUUACUUCUUUUUUUUAACUCACAUAUGGCAGGAUAAAGCAGGGAAGAAAGUGACUGUGGUGUGUGUUUAACGGCUGAUGUGUUUGCAGUCUAACGUGCCUGCAGUGCUGAAAUGCCUUCUGUUUGAAAGCCGUUCUCUUAAAGUGCCUGGUUAUUAAGUGCUGGCCAGGGCAAACUUAUAAAGCAAAGAAUCAGCCAACCGGUAAACUUCGCACACGAACUCAAGCGCAAAUGGAAACAUGGCCCCUUUGUCUCUCACGAGCCUAGCUGUUAAUGAUGGGAUUAAAUCUCCUGACAGAGGCCCACCUGUCAAAGUUAAGGGCACUAGGCGGUCAAGGGCAGGUUUUCCCGUUGUUUGUUUGUUAGCAUAGCUGGAGCUCUCAUCCAGGGCGACCUGCACGGGUUAUAGAUUACAUGUUAUCUAUUUAUCUGUCUGGAUAUUUACCUUAGCGAUUCGGUUAAAGUACCUUGCCCAAGAGUACAGCAGUGGUGUCCCCUUUGAGCUUUGAACACCUAAUGCUGAAUCCUGAAUCCCAAAUCUGACUCCUUUUAGUUACAAGUCCCGUUCCCUAAUUGCUAUCCCCAGGCACAGUGUCUGGCCAUACAAACCCACCAGUGCCAGUUAAGUUCCAGUUUAUAUAAAUGAUAACCUCAGUGAAAAUUUCACAUGAUUUUUUUUUGUUCAGAAAUCAGCCUUAAGUAUCCUUGAAUGGAUGUCUUUUUUUUUUUUUUCUUUCUCUCUUCUCCAUUUGCCUUUAACCACUUUUAUUUCUGAGCCAGGGGCUGUAUGACUUAACCCGCAAAAGUGUUGCUUUGUUGUAGAUGAGGGAUAUACAAGCUCUGUACGGAAGUGUAACCCAGUAAGUACAGUCAUGGUGAACCCUUCUGUUUCUCUCAGUCUGAGUCUUGAUUCUGUGGCCAGAAAGCAAAGAAACAAGCUCAAAAAAAGCUAGCUGUACACUUUGACAGUCCAGUUAAACUCACCCUAUUGUUCUUUGUUUGUUUUAUAAUAAGCAACACUUAUUUAAGACUCCAUCUUCUUUCACUUCAUUGUAAGACUGUAUUAUUUUUUUUCUUUUUUUUUUUGUCUUGGUUUUUCCUUGCUUCCCUUUCCUGUUAUGAUGAUGUCAUGAUGUUUAGGAAGUGUCUGUGGUCUCUGUGAUUGGGAUGUGGGGGAAGAGCCUCGAACGCGUGCCCCGAUCAGCUCUGACGGCCGGCGGUCUCUUGCAGGUGCGGCUCCAGGUUCAAAGCGUGGAGAAGCCUCUGUACCGGGGGACCUUUCACUGCUUCCAGUCCAUCGUGCGCCAGGAAUCCAUGUUUGGGCUGUACAAGGGCAUCGGCUCCCCCAUGAUGGGCCUGACCUUCAUCAACGCCAUCGUCUUUGGCGUCCAGGGCAACACCAUGAGGUUCCUGGGCCGGGACACGCCCAUGAACCAGUUCCUGGCGGGCGCGGCGGCAGGCACCAUCCAGUGCGUCAUCUGCUGCCCGAUGGAGCUGGCCAAGACACGCAUGCAGAUGCAGGGAACGGGCGAGAAGAAGUCCAAGAGGAAGCUGUACAAGAACUCGCUGGACUGCCUGGUGCGCAUCUACAACCGUGAGGGCGUGCGCGGCAUCAACCGAGGCAUGGUGACCACGCUGAUCCGCGAGACGCCGGGCUUCGGCGUCUACUUCCUGGCGUACGACAUGCUGACGCGCUCGCUGGGCUGCGAGCCCGACGACCCCUACAUGAUCCCCAAGCUGCUGGUCGCCGGCGGCAUGUCCGGCAUCGCCUCCUGGCUCUCCACCUACCCGGUGGACGUGAUCAAGUCCCGCCUCCAGGCGGACGGCGUGGGCGGGGUCAGCCAGUACAGCGGCAUCAUGGACUGCGUGCGGCAGAGCUGGCAGCGCGAGGGCUGGCGGGUGUUCACGCGCGGCCUCACCUCCACGCUGCUGCGCGCCUUCCCCGUCAACGCCGCCACCUUCGCCACCGUGACGCUCGUCCUCAUGUACGCGCGGCAGGAGGAGGGCGGCAAGGACUGCGAGCCCGCCCCCCACGCGCUGCAGCAGCAGGCCCAGCCCUCCAGCCUGUGACUCCAGCGCCCCCUGCUGGAGGGAGGACCCCUCCCGCGCAGCUGCUGCGGCCAGGCUGCUGUCCCUCAGUUGCCUGACUGAGUAUAUUUUUAUAAUAUAUAUAUAUGUAUGUAUAUGUAUAUGCAGAGU